AUGAGGCAGAGGUUGUGUUUACUAGUUAGUUUGUGGCGCGUCUGGGUGGGCCGUUGGGAGCUGAGGAGGUGUGCUCGUCUGGCAGAGGCGAGAGAGAGUGCGGAGGUGCUCAGGAAAGCUGUGCUGCAACACUGCCUCCUAGUGUGGAGGAGGAAAAUUGCCACGCGACGCACGAGAAAGGAGAAGACACAUGAAACUGCCAGGAGGGUCCUGAGGCGAUGGCAUCUGAGGUCCCGCCUCCACUGUCUGGCCAGACGCGCCGCCAGUCUGCAGCAGCACCUGGCACACAGGACACUGGCAGAGGCGUUUUGGAGAUGGCGAGCCGCGGGGGCAGAGAGGCAGGAGAGGCGUGUGCAGGAGAAGAGACUCUACAGCCAGCAGUACCGGAGGAGAACACAGGGGGCGCUGCAGAGGUGGAGGAGGGCACUACACACCAGGAGAGCACUCUCUCAGCAGCAGGAGAAGAAACGACACACACUGUUGUCAAAGUGUGUCAAGGGCUGGAAGGAGUUUGUCCAAAGAGGAGCUAAGGUGUCCGUCUUCUUGAACCUACAGCAAGCGCGGAGGGUCAAGCAGAGCUUUCAGUGCUGGAGAGACGCCACGCAACGCUGCGUACAGCACAAACACCUUCUCCUCACCCUCUUGUUCACCAGGCAACACAAUGUCCUUCAUACCGCCUCAUACGACAUAUGA